AUGCAAAAUGCAGUGUCAGAUGAGAUAUUCCCAAAAAUCUCUUAUGAAGAGACAGCAAAGACAACUUGGGAGGUGCUGCAGGAAGAAUUCAGAGGAGAUCCCAAGGUAAGAUCUGUAAAGUUAAAAUCUAUAAGGCGUGAUUUUGAAUACACAAGAAUGAAAGAUGAUGAAUUGCUUAAAGAUUACUUUACUAGAUUGUCUGAUGUUAUGAAUCAAAUGAAAAGCUAUGGAGAAGAUUUACCAAGUAGAAAAGUUGUGCAGAAAAUACUCAUAAGCUUAACCCCAAAAUAUGAUCCUAUAGUUUCGGUUCUUAUAGAAACCAAAGACAUGGAAACAACAGGAAUUCAAGACAUUAUAGGGUCAAUCAAAGCUUUUGAUCAGCGAUUAGACAGACAUGCUGAGAAUGCAACAGAGUGCAUUUCAAACUCUUGCCAUCGGUUCAAGAGAUAG